UCCGCGGUAGCGGUGGCGGCAGUAGGGCGCCGCUUCUGGGGAGUGGCUCCCGCUCCCCCAUCCCCCCACCCUUGCGCUCGGUGGCAGCGGCUCCUCCCACUGGUGGGGGGGGUUGCGCGGCGGCGGCGGCGGUGGCGGCGGCAUCUAGGCCAUGGCGACAACUACUGCUAACCCGGAAAUGACAUCAGAUGUGCCAUCACUGGGUCCAGCCAUUGCCUCUGGAAACCCAGGGCCUGGGAUUCAAGGUGGGAGUGCCAUUGUCCAGAGGGCUAUUAAGCGUCGACCUGGGCUGGAUUUUGAUGACGAUGGAGAAGGGAACAGUAAAUUUUUGAGGUCGGAUGAUGAGCAGAGCUCUGCGGAUAAAGAGAGACUUGCCAGGGAAAAUCAUAGUGAAAUUGAACGGCGGCGGAGGAACAAGAUGACAGCUUACAUCACUGAACUGUCAGACAUGGUACCCACCUGUAGUGCGCUGGCUCGAAAACCAGACAAGCUAACCAUCUUACGCAUGGCCGUUUCUCACAUGAAGUCGUUACGGGGGACAGGCAACACAUCCACCGAUGGCUCCUACAAGCCAUCUUUCCUCACUGAUCAGGAGCUGAAACAUUUGAUUUUGGAGGCAGCAGAUGGCUUUCUGUUUAUUGUCUCAUGUGAGACCGGCCGAGUGGUGUAUGUCUCGGACUCAGUGACUCCUGUUUUGAGCCAGCCACAGUCUGAAUGGUUCGGCAGCACACUGUAUGAUCAGGUGCACCCGGAUGAUGUGGAUAAACUUCGCGAGCAGCUUUCCACUUCAGAAAGUGCCUUAACAGGGCGCAUCCUGGAUCUAAAAACUGGAACAGUGAAGAAAGAAGGUCAGCAGUCUUCCAUGAGGAUGUGCAUGGGCUCAAGGAGAUCAUUUAUUUGUCGAAUGAGAUGUGGGAAUAGCUCUGUGGACCCAGUCUCCAUGAAUAGGCUGAGCUUUGUGAGAAAUCGAUGCAGGAAUGGACUUGGUUCCGUGAAGGAUGGAGAACCUCACUUUGUAGUGGUCCACUGCACAGGCUACAUCAAGGCCUGGCCUCCAGCAGGUGUUUCCCUCCCAGAUGAUGAUCCAGAGGCUGGCCAGGGGAGCAAGUUUUGCCUGGUUGCCAUUGGCAGAUUGCAGGUAACUAGUUCUCCCAACUGUACAGACAUGAGUAAUGUUUGUCAGCCGACAGAGUUCAUCUCCCGCCACAACAUUGAGGGGAUAUUCACUUUUGUGGAUCACCGUUGUGUGGCCACUGUUGGCUACCAGCCACAGGAACUCUUGGGAAAGAAUAUUGUAGAAUUCUGUCAUCCUGAAGAUCAGCAACUUCUAAGAGACAGCUUCCAACAGGUGGUGAAGUUAAAAGGCCAGGUGCUGUCUGUCAUGUUCCGGUUUCGUUCUAAGAAUCGAGAAUGGCUCUGGAUGAGAACCAGCUCCUUCACCUUCCAGAACCCUUACUCAGAUGAAAUUGAGUACAUCAUCUGUACCAAUACCAAUGUGAAGAACUCUAGCCAAGAACCACGGCCUGCGCUGUCUAACACAGUCCAGAGGACUCAGCUCGGUCCCACAGCUAAUCUACCCCUAGAGAUGGGCUCGGGGCAUCUGGCACCCAGGCAACAGCAAACAGAAUUGGACAUGGUAUCAGGAAGAGAUGGAUUGCCCAGCUACAAUCAUUCCCAGGUUUCUGUUCAGCCUGUGGCAUCUACAGGGCCAGAACAUGGCAAGAGCCUUGAAAAAUCAGAUGUUCUAUUUGCCCAGGAAAGAGAUUCAAGAUUUUCAGAAAUCUAUUCUAACAUCAAUGCAGAUCAGAGUAAAGGCAUCUCCUCCAGCACUGUCCCUGCCACCCAACAGCUAUUCUCCCAGGGCAACUCAUUCCCUCCUAACCCCCGGCCGGCCGAGAAUUUCAGGAAUAGUGGUCUGGCCCCUCCUGUAACCAUUGUCCAGCCAUCAUCUUCUACAGGACAGAUGUUGGCCCAGAUUUCCCGCCACUCGAACCCUUCCCAGGGAGCAACCCCAACCUGGACCCCCAGUACCCGCUCAGGCUUCUCUGCCCAGGUUGCUACGCAGGCUACAGCUAAGACUCGUUCUUCCCAGUUUGGUGUAGGCAGCUUCCAGACUCCGUCAUCCUUCAGCCCUAUGUCUCUUCCUGGUGCACCCACUGCGUCCCCUGGUGCUGCUGCCUACCCUACUCUCACCAAUCGUGGAUCCAACUUCGCUCCUGAAGCUGGACAGACUGCAGGACAAUUCCAGACACGGACAGCAGAGGGAGUGAGUGUCUGGCCACAGUGGCAGGGGCAGCAGCCUCAUCAUCGAUCAAGUUCUAGUGAACAGCAUGUUCAGCAGCCGUCAGCACAGCAACCUAGCCAGCCUGAGGUCUUCCAGGAGAUGCUGUCCAUGUUGGGAGACCAGAGCAACAGCUACAACAAUGAAGAAUUUCCUGAUCUAACUAUGUUUCCCUCCUUUUCAGAAUAGAACUAUUGGGGUGAGGAUAGGAGUGGGGGAGAAAAGUUAUUGUUUGUUUUUUAAAAGCAAAUCUUUUGUAAACAGAAUAAAAGUUCCUCUCCCUUCCCUUCCCUCACCCCACAUGAGUACCCCUUUUCCUGCUGGGCCUCCCUUGCUCCCACCCUUGCCUCUCUGAGGUAACGUUUAUAGAUAGAAUGAAAUGAUGAACUCUCAAGGCUUUUAGGACUCUUUGAAAAUAGGGGGUAAGUGAGGUAGAAUGCCUUUCCUUACAUCUCCUGACCAGAAGUUGCACAGUGAUAUUUGUGGUAGGGUGGAGGGACAGGUUAGAGGAACCUACACCCACUAUUUGCCUUGGAGACUAUGGCCUGUUUUAGAAAGAAAUUCUAAAUAGAAUGGAGGAGAAUGAAAAUGAAAAUACUCUCACAGGUGAGAACCAUGAAACAUGGUAUUGAGAUUUUAGAAAGCAAGCAUAGGUUAUUUCUGUUACUUGUGAACAAUUCCUCUGGAAAGAAACGUGAGAGAGAGAGAGAGAGAGAGAGAGAGAGAGAGAGAGAGAGUGUGUGUGUGUGUGUAUGUGUGUGUAUUUCUGUGUGUCUUUCUCCCUACUUGGGAGUUAUGCAAAAUCUGCCCCAGAUUUUAUCUUUGUCUUUCUGUGUGCUCUGCAAAGAGUUAAAUCUUCCAGGUAUUUUCCACUUAGUAUUGCAGCCAAAGAGUAUUUAAAUAAAUAUCUUUGCUGCUCUUCUACCUGUGCCCAGCCAACAUGCAACUAUGGCAAAGUCUUGCUGAUAAUGGUUGGUUUCUUACCGAACACAUUCAGUGAUAAAGCUGGAUCAGUCCUGCUUUUGGUGCUCACACCUUGCUUAGAAGGAUUGGCAUACGUUACUGAAAUAGGCUGGCAAGAUAAACACUUUUAAUAACCCUAGACUUGUCCAUAAGAACAAUGCUGCAUUGAUUCUGUCAGAAUCACAAAUGGUGUGUGUUGUAUAGAGGUUAUUUCUGCGUGGAAACUCAACUUCUUGGAGUAGGAAUUCCAGUGAAAAUCCUCACUGUUGGAGUGUAAAGCAAAUACCAGGCCUCUUACAGCAUAGCCUCUUUUAUCCCAUCCUUAAAAAUCUUUCACCUAGAUCUCAGCCUUUCCUGGACCUGGAGGUCUUUUGUCUUUGUUUCCCCUCCAGUGUUGAGGUUGGAUUUUGCUUUAGAGCACGAGUAUAAUUCUCUGUGUUGUGGGACCUGGACUCCCACCCCAACAGGGUCACUUGGUAAUUAUAGCCAUAUAAAUGUGGAUACAGGUUACUGUUCUCACCCUUUACCUUCCUCAGGUAAGUCAUGUGUACCAGCCUUUAAAAAAAAAAAAAAAAA